ACCGACCAUAGCACCUUGCUGCGCUAAGGGCGCACGCCGACGCCCAAUGCCGGCCGAGUCGAGUUCGGCCGCGCUCGAGGGCGCGGACGAGGAGGCCGGCGGAGGACGCCAGGCUCCGCUCGCGCGCGUCACCCGCGCCAGCACCGAGGGCAACACGCCCGGCUCUCCUCGGGUCGGCGCCAUCCGAGCGGCGAUCCGGUACUCCAUGGCCAGGGCCUCUCGGCUCUCGCGCCGUGGCCCGCGCAUGGCGACGAUGCUCGUUGGCGACGACACGACUGAGCUCGCCUUCAUCAAUUGCUCCUACACCAUCCAGGUCACUAAGGCGGGGAAGCCGCUCCCGCCGCUCGCAAAGCUGCGUGGGAUUGAGAGGAAGGAGCGGAAGCUGGUGGACAACGUGUCUGCGAAUGUGCCAGGCGGACGGGUGCUCGCCGUGAUGGGGCCGUCGGGCGCGGGCAAGACCACCAUGCUCAACAUGCUCACCCUGCUCACCGGCAAGGGCAACGCCACGGGAUACCUGACGCUCAACGGCCACCCGCUCACUCCGGCGCUCUACGCGCAGCACUGCGCGUACGUGACGCAGCAGGACCUCCUCUGGACCUUCCUCACGUGCCGCGAGCACCUGCGCAUGGCCAUCGACCUGUACCGCCCCUCGCUCUCCGCCAAGGAGCGCGAGACCGCGAUCGACGACCUGCUCGACUCGACCGGUCUGAUGAGCUGCCAGCACACCAAGGCGGGCAACAUGUUCUUCCGCGGGCUGUCGGGCGGGCAGAAGCGGCGCCUGUCGCUCGCGAUCGCGCUGGCGAAGCGGCCGUCCGUCAUCUUCCUCGACGAGCCCACCUCGGGCCUCGACUCGGCCGCCUCCGCCAAGAUCAUGUCCUUCCUCAAGGUGAUUGCGCAGCGCACCAAGAUCGCCAUCGUGUGCACGAUCCACCAGCCGUCCGCGUCGGUCUUCGAGGGCUUCGACGACACGCUGAUCCUGUCGGGCGGCCACAUCGCCUACUUUGGCCCCGCGGCGCAGCUGGCGCAGCACCUGAAGGGCGUGGGCCGGGAGCUUCCCGCCAACGCCAACCCGGCCGAGUACGCGCUCGACGUCGUCAACGCGGACUUCACGUCCAAGGCGUCGGUGCUCGAGGUGCUCGACGCGUGGCCGAAGCACGCGCCCCCGGUCUUCCUGCGCGAGCCGCAGCAGCUCGGCGAGCGCGGCGCCGUGUCCGGCUUCGUGGGGCAGGUGCUGCUGCUGUUCAAGCGGCACGCGGUCCUGACAGUGCGAGAGCCGAUGCUGUACACGGCGAGGAUGGUGGUCAUCUUUGCGGUGACCGUCUUCUUCUGCGUCGUCUACCUCGAGUCGCGCCAGCUCACGCAGGUGCAGAUCAUGCAAAAGGCCUUCUACGUCUUUUGGUUCGUCUGCGUGCCGGUGGCCUUCCCCGUCAUCGCCGUCUACGCGCUCAACGCCGAGUUUGUGACGGUGAAGAAGGAGGUCAAGGACGGCAUGUACGGCCCGAUGGCGUACGCGCUCGCAAACGGCCUGCUGCAGCUGCCGAUGAUGUUCGCCUUUGGGCUCUGCGCGAUGCUGCCCACCUACCUCAUCCUCGGCUGGCCGUGGCACACCUUCCUGACGACGCUCGCCCUCUUCUCCGCGCACUGCUGGGCGUUUGAGUGCAUCGCGCAGUUCUUCUCGCUGAGCGCCAACCCGCUGGUCGGGAUGCUCAAGUACCUCAACGUCUGGUUCAUCUCGGCUCUCUUCUCGGGCCUCGUCUUCCGCGGCCGCGACGUCAUCUGGCCGCUCCGCCUCCUCUACUACUGCCUGCCGAUGAAGUGGUUCUUCGGCGCCACCGCGUACUCGAUCAUGGCCUCGUCGCCGCCCUACGAGGGGACGCUAGCCUGCAACAGCACCGGCGCCGGCGCCGUCUCCUACUGCCCGGACGAGGGCUUCUACUGCCCCUCGACCGAAGAGGACCCCUUCGGCCUCUCCUGCUAUGGCGAGACGGGGCCGCAGAUCCUCGACUCGCUCUCCAAGACCUACGACGCGAUCUCGAGCGAGAACACCGUCCUUACCGACCUGAUCGCCAUCCUCGCCAUCGGCGUCUUCUUCAAGGUCAACUACUGCGUCUACCUGUACGCGAGCUGCACGGCGGGCAGGAUGCCGAACCCGCCCCGCCAAAUCAAGAUUUGAGACGCGGCGCGUCAUGCAGCAGCACACCUCCAUGCGGCGGCGCGCGGCGCUCGCUACCCCGAUGCGCCUACCCUCUGUCACUCGCCGCCGCCGCCCCUCCCUCGCCCCGUCGAUAUACAUACGCCCAGCAAUGUCCAUAAGCGCUCCUUUAAUUGUUGGGUGAGGCCUCGCAAUCGCCCGACGUCGUGCUUCUCGUCUCUUGUGCCACACAAAGACGCUGUGUCGUGACCGUGAGUUUAUUAGGUAAGUCUUGCUCUGUAUUUUCCGGCCCUCGUGGUCGGCAGUUG